GUGGUCACAACCCGCUUUCAACAACGGUCUGGCAAUGGCCCGUCUUGCUGGUAGAGGAUUGCACGCGCAUAAAGGUUCCUUCCAUACUCCCUCAAGAACCGGAACUCCCAGAACCGGAACCAAAGAGAACCUCUUCCUGAAGACCCUAGAACUCGCUAAAAAGGGCGUUAGCAAAGGCGCAGCGCUGCUCAAAGGUGCCUUGAUCAAGGGCAAGGUCUUGGCGAAGGCGAAGGCUAACUUAAUGAACAUUAAGUCCAAGGUUAUCAAGAAUUAUGUGAAGCCUCGCACCCUUCCUACAUCGUCCCGGCAUUUGGUCCCCUCACGUGCCGGUCAAGUUUAUCCCCCGCUUCAUUUUGGUCCAAAACUUGUGGUACCAUCAGCGGUCCGCGGUAGAUGGACGCGUGGUUAGUCCUCUGUCGUUACCGAGUUACUGCAGAUACCAUCGCGUGGUAACGUGACAAGGUUACCAGGAGAGCAGUUACCCAAGAUUACCACUUUUACCACACCGUCGACUGGGGACAUUGAGGCCUGCUAGAUUUUAUUCAAAUCUAAGGAAGCAAAUUUUUACGAGUUUAAUUUUAAACGUCUUUUUAAAUUCACUUCACUGAUUACAGAAACCUCUCAUUUGACAUUUGACUCUUAGCAUAGAAUUUCGGUGUCAUUUUUAACUUGGCCAUUUUAAAAUUUUAUUCAAUUUAAAUACGUUAAUAUUUGCGUAGAUUUUGAAUUUUGACUAAUGUGCUUAUAUUCCCAAUAAAGUUUUCUCUUUAAAAUUCAUGGUUAUUGAUUAGUGUAAGCUUUGGUGUAAAUAUUAAUUAUAAUUAAUAAUUCCAUUUUAGAUCAUCAACCAUGGUUGUUGCUGAACUCUUGCUGGUCGAAAUUAUUUUGAAAAACUCGAUUAAAUUAUUAAAUAUUAACCUAAUUAAAUUAUUAAAUAAGAUGAUUGCUGAAUUUUCCCCUUGACGCGCGAUGUUGGACGUUUUUAAUAAAAAAAUGGCGACGAAAUUG